CCGCCCACGAGGCGUGGGAAUUUCAAUGCGAGGCGAGAGAGGCGGCGAACGCGUAAACAGACGGCGGCGCGAGCGAGGAGGAAAGGGCGAGCGGGAGAGAGAAAAGCUUCCCGCCCUUCGCUUGCAGCUCGCUCACAACAGCGAAGUUUAACCACCGCGGCUGUAUCGAGCCACCGCCAAGCAGCGGCGGUUCCUCCUCUCGUCUCUCUCACUCUCUCUCUCGUCCGCUAACGCCGGGCCCGUGUGGCGAGUGAGCACGAGAUGUCGGAUCCGCAGGGCGAUGCGCAACCAAAGGACAAGGAAAACCAGCGAGUACCGCUGGAACAGAUUGAAGAGGCCAAGCUGAGAGCCAAGUACCCCCAGCUGGGACCGAAGACUGGGGGAUCCGCCUUCCUCAUGAAGCGUCUACACAAAGGGCAACAAAAGUACUUCGACUCCGGCGACUACAACAUGUACAAGGCGAACCAGAAGAAUAAAGCGGUGGCGGCUGCGGCGGCGGCGGCCACAAACAGCGAGCCCGCGUGCGACGCCGGGCCCGAGAAGGAGCCCGUAACGGGAGACCACAUCCCCACGCCGCAGGAUCUACCGCAGCGCAAGCCCUCGCUGGUCGCCAGCAAGCUGCUGGGUUGAAUACACCACGUGCCGCCUCGCCUCGCCCGCCCGCCCCACGCACGCACACUCGCACUCGCUCGUACCCUCGUCUGCCCCCCAUCUGACUCGCGAGGCUUUGGGGUUUACUGUAGGAUGCUCGGGGUGUUGAAACUCGCGCGCGCGCACGCACGCACAUACACCAUUGCAUACAACCGUCCCGUUUGGACGUCCCCUGUCUACUCGAUACAGAUUGUAGGGGAUAAAUGUGCUGCACACGAGUACACACUGGUACAUAUGUGCUUAUAUACAUGUGUGCUCCACGUGCACGUGUGCAUACGUGUGUCUUGGCAAAAUUUAAUUGAACCUCAUUUUAAUUAGCAAAGUGAAUUCUGCUGGGUUGUCCAAUUUUUCACACUAAUUACAGAUGAUCUGGUAAUGGAGUGACUGGUCGUUUUUGUCAUUCGCCAUUGGCUGCUUGUUCUGCAUUGAACACUCUUGACUAAUGAAGUGCAGCAGCUUUUGUAAUUAACAUUUUUUUCGUUUACCAUUUAUCCUUUUCUGAAUAUUAAUUGUCUGUCUCCACUUUUAAAGGCUUAUUUUGCGUUCAUUGCAGCCUUAUUUGUGAAGUGAUUUAAAAGCAGUCGUGCUCAUCUCUGCGAUGCUCCGGAACCAAAAUCCAUUCCAGGUCUUCACAUCUCCCGUUUAGCAGAGGCAGAGAAUGCACAUUGCAUGAUAAAUAAUACAGCUGAAUGAGGAUGAGUCGCGGGACACGGGAGAGCUGAAGUGGAUUCCGCUUCCAAGGAGUGAAACUUGAGAAUUUUCGGUUGAAAACGCGACGUCUCAGACACAGGAACAGAAUGCAGCACUGUGACUCGCAGUGUAAGUUGUAAAAAAAAAAAAUUAGGCCUUAAGUUUCCAGCAUUUGUCCCCAUGUGCCUUCAAUGAAGGCCUCAUAAAAUUCAGGUGCAAACCCGUUUUUUUUAAUUUGCGGCAGGGAACACGUUUCUGUUGUAAAGAAUACCUAAGGACAGGCUUUGCAGUGAGAUGCACCAGGCUGCAGGCACACAAUACGGGCAGUCACCGCAGUGGAGAGCUCUAUUGUACAAAUUCCAAUCGGGAGUUGAACUUAUUCCAAUGAUUUUGUGAGCCCAGACCAGAUAUCUCACUUCUUGGUACCGCUUGAGGUGUCAUAGCUUUAGUGAUACAAAUGUCUUGCCCAUUAAUAAUGGAUUGUGUGAUAACCAUUUGAAAUGAGUAGGUUAUAAAAUAAUUCACUCUUAUUAGCCAUAUACAAUCUGUACAAAUAAAGUUGUGGUGCCUUAGGUGGUACCAAUAUUUGCUCCGACCCAUGAACUAAUUUGAAAAGCUGUGUGUUGAGGAGUUGCAUGAUCAAACCGAAUCUCAUUAUGAUAAGAGAUUUCUGACACUACUGUCAAAUGCAUUCUAGAAUUCUAUAAUGUUAGCAAAAUGAGAAUGUUGUUCUCGGUUUUUAAAAAAUGUGGAUUUGGCACCUGAGGAAACGGCACGGUGCAAUCGCUACCUACCCCAACUUAUAAGGUCCCCUUGAGACUUGUUUCGUCUUCUGUCUGCUGUCCAGCCUCAAUUGAGCCAAAGAGCCACCCACAGUCCCUGCGUAUCGCCUCGUUUUGUGGGUAGCAGGCCUGUCAUUGCCAUGUGGCGCAUCAUAGAGUGGUGGUUGACCAAAAGGUUAAAGUUCAAGUGUGGAUUCAGUUUCCUUUUUGGGGGUUGCUUUAUUCAGCGUUUCUUAAGCUUUUGCCACGCGCUGCCGCGGCCGUCUUCAGGAGUUGAAGCGCUCGACAUGCAGCGCAACUCGGAAAAGUGCACUUGGAUUAUAAGUUGCUGCGAAAAGGUAAAUGGUUAAAAGGGUUAAGGUUAGUAAAACAAAAUAAAUACAAUGGUGGACAGCGAAAAUAUCAGGAGGUAAUAAAGGCCGAGCAUUAUCACUUUAUCGAAUACACCUACAACUGUACAUUCUGCAGCAACGAGGUUUGAUUACUAUAAAAUAGUCGAAGUAUAUACAUUUCCACGCAUACAGCUAUGUAAUGUAAGCAUGCAUGACGAUUAAUAUUUUUUCAGAAUGUUGCAGUGGGGGGUGGGGAAUCUCAACAUUCAUACGUUGUAAAUAUUUGCGGUGUGCUUCGUGACCGAUGUCCCAGCAAGUCUACGCUCAGCAGGCAGGGCCCUCCGGUCUCGUGACGUCGCUAGUCCGUGACGUCACAAUUACUCCAGGCACACCAGACGGGUUGGGCAGUCGCGCGUCAACAUUCGUGAGCAGCCCCCCCCCCCCGCAGUUUCGUGCCCACCUUUCACGCUGGGGGGGGGGGGUGGUCAAUUGUUCUGGUCGAGAAUUCUGCAUCGCAUGACACUGACAACUUCCCCAUCGUGGUAACCCUCUUGCAGCUCCUUGGGAGGUAUAACGUAAGCAAGGCAAUUGGUUACUUGUGGUGGCGAUUUUAUAAAGACGCUUCUUAAGGAGGACGUGAAAUCAAACAUUUAGGUUGUGUUCAAUUUGAAACCGGUGUUUCAAAAUUACCUUUUUAGGGGAUUGAUUUAAACAUUUAUAUGGGAAGCUUUAGGAAAUGUGGUUGUGUUGGAACGUGUAAUUUUAUAUGUUUAAACUUUAAUUGUGAGCAGUUUGCAGUUCCGGAUUUAUGAUGCACCGUCACCUAAAUUUACUCGUGGUAAUCGCACGGUCAUUAUUACCUCCUCCAUAGCACACUUUGGUGAUUCCACGCGAAUAUAAACAGGACAUAGAGGUGGCUGGGUGCCUCGGGGGUGGGGGAGGUGAAUGUUAGCACCGGAGCCGACACAUCUGGAUUCAUGGGUCUGAUGUGGGCAACCACCUCUGAACAACCCCAGCUUUUCAGUGGUUGCAAAUGAACGGCCUCUGUCUUCUCACCGAUGACCGGACACAGAUGGAAAUGUCCUGUUAUGACUCGAAUCAAAUUUCACAAAUGGAGUGGAAUUGAAGGUGGGGGGGGGGGAGAUAAAAUUAAGAAAAAAACAAUUGGUUGAAAAUGUAACUUUUUAAGCCCAUGUUUAACAGGUUUGUGGCGAGUCCACAUACAGCGCGAUGUGCUUUGGUCAAUUCAGAUUUGAUGAAUACUACCAUGCUGUUUAGCGUUCAGUUAACGGUGUACCCGAUUGUACGGUGUCCAUAAGGAUGCGUAACUAUCCAUAGGACUACCCGAUUGCCAAUUCGAGCUGAUUUUCACAGCCCAUGUUAAGAAGGUGAGCACAGAGCGUAGAUCGAUGAGCUCAUGAUUAACUUUCACGUUCGACGACUUAAAGGAGCGUGGUUAAACCGCCAUAACCCUUGACCUAGCCAAUGCUAAUAUGUAACGUAUUUAGCUUGUUUUUAUUCAUGUAUAAUUUCAAUUAAACCGCUGCAAAGCAGUGUUCUGCAAUGAGAAAUGUCGAUAUAAUAGGUGGAGGUGCAACAGUUUUAAAUUGGCAUGUGUCCUGUUUAGGACCUUCAUUUUGACAACUCGUACACUGGAAAUCCGCCUGUACAGUGUGGCACUCCGCAUAAUGUGUACAUUUUGACAUUCCUUGCCCAGGAAAUGCUGAGUGUUCACCGGUCUUUCAGGAGGUUUCUGCUUAGGAAGUUUAGCCCAGUCCACAUGUUUAUGAUUUGGCGUCGAAUAAAACUGGAGUGUCUGGAGGUAAUCGACAAACUGGGGAGGAGCCACCUCCUGCCAUAAAUGUACUUGCAAUGUACUUGCUGUGCUGCCUCCUGUGGACUGCUUGCUUCUCCAUCUGUGUGGUCCACCAACUCUGCCUCCCAAGUCUCUGUAUUACAGGCGUAUACCACCACAUUUGCCUUGCCAGUUCUGGAAGACUGUAACGUAUCGGCUGUGAUGUUUAGUUCCGUCUGUGUAGCACAAAGACAUUAACGGAUUGAAGCCGUCAGUUUAGUGUGUGUGUGCAGGCUGGCGUUGUGGGGAAAAAAAGUUAAUUCUGUGUUGCCUAAAUAAUCCUGGGAAUAAUUAUGGGUGCACUGAAUAGGACUUGCUAUCUUGCCGAAUACAUUAUUUUAUAUCUGGCCCGGUUUGAAUUUGAAACCAAAUCCAGUUUUUAUAUAUACACAAACAACAAACUCGCGUAACAUACAUUGAUAAAAUAAUGUAGAAUGUUAAUGCAAUGAGACGAAAUAUUUUAAAAACGCGUGUUUGAAUGGAAUUAUGCAGAGAAUACAGGUGUAGGGGUGACUUAGACUAAUUUAGUGGUAUGGUAAUAAAGGCGGAUUAAAAUGUCAAUAUUUAAUAUGUACUUACAUAAUUGUAUUUACAUUGAGUAAUCGAUACCCAGAUAGCGAAAAUAUUACCGUAUACUGGCUCGAUCUAAAAUCAAACUAUUCGGUGUACCCCGAGUGAGAUGUUAUAUAGCAGGUGGUAAAACGACGACUUGAGCUGUCUGUUAAUCAUUAGUGGCCGGGUAGCUUCGUGGUUAAAACUUCGCUGUCGUUUAAAUUAAACACUCGCAUGCCACGCGGCGCCAUUCACAAAUACAAACCUUUGACAAGUAACCCAAUUCACAAAAUGUUACCAUGAACAAAUAUCAAUGACGCGAACUAUUCCUCUACCUACAUUUGCCAUAGUCUCAAAUGAGCUCGGUGAGAAUUGUUGCAGUCAGUCUGGUACAAUGGCAAUCGUCUGCGUGGUCCUGCAUUGUGUGAUCAGUUGCUCAAUGCCAUAUGGUUGUAAACCCCAAUAAGAUCAUUUUUUUUUUUUAAAUAUCCACCUGCACUUUAGAAGAAUGGGAUACAGCUAAGAUGUAUGGAAGCCAUGUUUUCCAAGUCUACAUAAUUUUGUAUCACGUUUGAGAAUAUUGAAUGGAAUCAAUCUUAAGACUGCUCUACUGGCCACACUUGAAACUUAAUGAAAAUUCACGUUGGUAAAUAUCAAUUCCUUUUAACUAGUUGAUAACCAUUUUCGCUCAUUGCAAAAGAUACGAAUGCCCAUGUCGCUUUGAAACACUUAAUUAAAUUGAGUUCCUUUUAAUAAGACCAUGUAAGAGUCCUAAAAACCCAUAAGUAUCUUGUCCCAUGGAGACUUGGAAAAUGAUUUUCCUUAUGUUAUUCGCCAGUAGAAUUUGACACUGCCAACAGUCGACUAUUCCUAGGAAACGGUGAUGGAGAUUAUUUGUCAUAUCCAAUCUACAAAAAAUAUACGAUACCAGGGUCUUGUGGGAAUUGAACUGAUGAUCCAUACAAUUCGGCACAGUGGCGAGAAAUGCUUCCCACUAAGCCUCCCAGCCACCUAUAUGUUCCUGUGUAUUCAUGUGUGUGUGCAGCAUAUAUUGGGACGAACACAAGCCUGGGGGAUCUUUUAUUAUUUUUUCUUUUAAAAUGUAUUAACGUUUUAUAGAAAGAGGAUGCAUCGUAGUAUUUCAAAAACUAUGAUUUCGUUUGACUUGUCAAAGUUGUGUAGAAGUGUUGUGAAUUGAAGUGGCUUCAUGUUGUCACCUUUCCAUA